GAGUGAACUCGUGAGUGCGAGCACAGCGUCGGUCGAUAACGCGGCAACAGCGCCCGCGAGCACGCCGGCAGAGCGUGUAGUGCUGCAACUGUUUUGACAGUUGAGCGUCUGCUGCCGGCAAGUGAGCUCGCGUUCGGCGUCCUAAGUUAAGCGACCAACAUGAGCAACCAGAAGAAGCAGAAGCUGCGGCUUGUGACUUACAUGUGCCCCAGCCACCCGGUGGAAAUGUACGAGCUGAUCAUGACGUACCUGGAGCGCUACACUGGGCUGGAAGCCACUCUCCAGUAUGAGUCCAGAAGAGCUGGCCCCCUCCCGGGAAGAGUUGACCCCUUCACAGACGACACGGUCGACAUAGGAUUCAUGAGUGUGUUAUCAUUCUUGGAGCUACUAGACGACAAGAAUAAAUAUGCAGAGCUGUUGCCAGUUACACCAGUGUUCAGGCACAGAAAAAACAAGGAUGAUGUAGCAGGUUAUUAUUCUGACAUCAUCAUUCACAUUGAUGGCAAGAAACAUGUGAAGGAGCUGUUGGAUCUUCGUGGUUCUACAUGGGCGUACAGCACUGAAGAAUCAUUAAGUGGAUACAAAAUAGUAUUGAAAACACUGAAAGAACAUGGUGAAAACUCUACAUUUUUUGGAAAUACAUUGCAAUCUGGAUCUCAUCUCCAAUCCAUUCAGAUGGUGUUGACUAAACAAGCAGAGGCAGCAGCUGUUGAUUCAAAUACACUUGCUUACAAUAAAAGAUACUUGCAGGAUCAGGGAAAGGAUGUGCUUGUAUUGGACAGCAUAGGGCCAUUACCACCAUAUCCCAUUGUUGUCAACUCGCGUAUGGACGGUGAACUUAAGGAAACAAUUGUUAGAGCACUGAAAAGUUUUGACAAGAGUGAAAUAUGGCAAACAAAAUUUGCUCAAUAUGGUAUACAGAAAUUUGUGACAAACCAUGUGGAUUCAUAUGACAAGCUUCGAACUGUAACAGAGUACAUAAGAGAUCUAAAUCAUGCCAUACGUUAUUACUGAUAUCAAGUUUUCAUUAUCUUGCUGGCUUGUUUGGCAAAGGAGGAAAUGAGCCAAUGUCCUACUUUAAGUGUUUAUAUGUCUUGUAAUGACUUAUAUAUUAUUUUAUUUAUGAAUGUUACAAUAAUAAACAACAUAGUUUUAUUAA